CGAUACAAAACUCAUUCUCUCUUGUGGACUUCUCGCGAUCGGACGUUUUUCGGAGUCGGCACCGGAUCGAGAGUUGGAUCCCUUUCCGCCCCAACUCUUGGAAUUUUCUUUCCAAUUGUCUUGGAAAAUAUCUUCUCCGUCGCGUGCGUGUGUGUGAGUGUACCGUGUGGAGUGGAGUUUAUAAAAAGAAGUCGAAAAGUGUUUGCCGUAUCAACAAAAAUAAAAACACCCAAGACGUGUGUUUGUUGUUUUGUCUGUAUAACAGAAAAGUCAUCUUUUGAAACUUCCCCUCUUGGAAUAGAUUCAUAGUCCGUAGCUGAAAAAAAGAUUCCGCUACUGGUUUUGUUAAAAACUAACAGCAUGAAUGAAUAACAAUUUUGGAGAAGGAAAAGGAAGAAGAGAAGCAGUGGAGAAAUCUUUCUACCGAGGAUCACGUGGCUAGCUGUAAGAGAUCCCCACAAAAACGAACGAAAAGAAAAGCAACUGAUUAAAGUCCCGGCCGGAAGUGCCCCAGUGGAACGCGACCCCAACAACAGAGAGCCAGUUCGAGAUGUUGGAGCUGCGGCUUAUCGUGGUCAUUGUGCUCGGCCUGCUCGGCAGCCAGUUGGGCUCAGUGGAUUCCCAGAGACCGCCUCAGCAAGGCAGGCGGCAGGAUCGGACCAAAUAUCCACUAAACAAAUAUGUCAAGACGCAUCCUUGCGAGAGAUCCUCCUGCUACCCGGCUACGGGUAAUCUCCUAAUCGGAAGGGAGAACCGCCUAACGGCCAGUUCCACCUGUGGUCUGCAUUCGCCGGAGAGAUUCUGCAUCCUGUCCCAUUUGCAGGACAAGAAGUGCUUCCUUUGCGACACGCGGGAGGAGACCAAGCAGGAUCCCUAUAAGAACCAUCGCAUCGGACAGGUUAUAUACAAAACCAAGCCUGGAACCAAUCUACCCACCUGGUGGCAGUCGGAGAAUGGCAAGGAAAACGCCACCAUUCAAUUAGAUCUGGAGGCGGAGUUCCACUUUACCCAUUUAAUCAUCACAUUUACCACCUUCCGACCCGCGGCCAUGUACAUCGAGAGAUCUUUCGAUUUCGGAAAUACGUGGCAUGUUUAUAGAUAUUUCGCCUACGACUGCAAAGAAUCCUUCCCGGGAGUGCCCACCGUGUUGGUGAACAUCACCGACGUUAUGUGCACUUCAAGAUACUCCCAUGUGGAGCCUUCAAGAAAUGGUGAAGUGAUCUUUAGGGUGCUGCCACCGAACAUCAAUGUGACGGAUCCCUAUGCGGAGCAUGUGCAGAAUCAACUGAAGAUAACAAAUCUCCGAAUUCAGAUGACCAAGCUGCACAAGCUGGGUGAUAAUCUCUUGGACAGCAGGGUGGAGAACGAGGAGAAGUACUACUAUGGCAUCUCUAAUAUGGUGGUUCGAGGAUCCUGUUCCUGUUACGGCCACGCCUCCCAGUGUCUACCAUUGGAUCCCGCCUUCUCGCAGGCGGACAAUGAAGAUGGCAUGGUACAUGGCCGAUGUGAGUGUACGCACAACACGAAGGGAAUGAACUGUGAAGAGUGCGAGGAUUUCUACAACGAUCUUCCGUGGAAACCGGCCUUUGGAAAGAAAACAAAUGCCUGCAAGAAAUGCGAAUGUAACGGUCACGCCGUUAGCUGUCACUUCGAUGAGGCUGUCUUCACCGCAUCCGGAUUUGUUUCCGGCGGAGUGUGCGACAAUUGCUUGCACAAUACCCAGGGACAACAUUGCGAGGAGUGUAUGCCGUUUUUCUAUCGCGAUCCCGAGCAGGAAAUCCAUUCCGAAAACGUAUGCCAGCCCUGUGAUUGUGAUCCUCAAGGUUCGUUGGAUGAUGGCAUCUGUGACUCUGUAAACGAGCCGGAAAGUGGAGCCGUUGCAGGCGCCUGCCAUUGCAAGGCCUUCGUCAAGGGACGUCGUUGUAAUGAGUGCAAAGAUGGCUACUGGAAUCUACAGCCCGACAAUCCCGAUGGCUGUGAGCCGUGUACUUGCAAUAUCCUAGGCACUCUCAACAAUUCCGGAUGCGUUAUGCGCACGGGAGAGUGCAGGUGUAAGCUGUAUGUUACGGGCAAGGACUGUAAUCAAUGUAUGCCGGAGACCUAUGGACUUUCCGAAUCACCGGAGGGUUGCACCUUGUGUAACUGCGAUGCUGGAGGAUCCUACGAUAAUUACUGCGAUGUUUUGAGUGGUCAAUGUCGGUGCAGGCCUCACAUGACAGGAAGAUCUUGUUCGCAGCCCAAACAGAAUUACUUCAUUCCCUUGCUACCGGAAGUUCAUGAGGCGGAGGUCGUGGAUGAAUGUAUUUCCUAUGGUCCCAAUGGAAACUGCAGCCUGGUGGCUGAAACUCCGGAUGGUAGUUUCACGGGUCCUGGCUUCACCAGGGUUCCAGAGAACACGGAACUGGUCUUCACCGUCGGCGAUAUUCCACGCUCCAUGCCCUACGAUGUGGUUAUACGUUAUCAGAGCACUUCUCGUGGAGACUGGGAGGAUGCCUAUAUCACUCUGGUGAGGCCCGAUCAAGUGGAUCCCAAUGGCGAGUGUGGAGAAGUUGCUGCGGCCACUUCCUCGGAGACCAGGAUACCGUUCUCGCUGCCCGAUCGCAAUCGUCAGGUGGUGGCUUUGAAUAAUGUUUGCCUGGAGGCCGGCAAGGUUUAUAAGUUCCGAAUUUAUUUCGAGAGGAAGCGACUCGAUGCAGACAGUCCCACAGCGACGAUCUUGGUGGAUUCCCUAACUCUCAUUCCACGCAUCGAUGUAACGCCCAUCUUCACGGGUUCCGAACUGGCCGACAUUCGCAGGAAGGACUAUGAGAGAUACAACUGCAAUUCAUCUUUGUACGAUAUGAAUCACAAGCCCGAUCCGAGAUGUAAGGACUUGGAUAAUAUUGUUAGCAUCUUUGUCCACGACGGAGCCAGCAUGUGCAAUUGCAAUCCCACGGGAUCGUUGAGCAAGGUGUGCGAGUCCAAUGGAGGAUUCUGCCAAUGUAAGCCGAAUGUGGUGGGCCGGCAGUGCGAUCAGUGUGCCCCGGGCACCUACGGAUUCGGUCCGGAGGGAUGCAAAGCCUGCGAUUGUGACAGCACCGGAUCGAAGGACAACAACUGCGAUCUGAUCACCGGUCAGUGCCAGUGUGUGCCGAGUACCUAUGGCAGGGAGUGUAACCAGUGCCAGCCGGGAUAUUGGAACUUCCCCAAUUGCCAGGCUUGUCAGUGCAAUGGCCAUGCGGCGCUGUGUGAUCCCAUCCACGGAACCUGUCUGGAUUGUCAGGACUCGACCACGGGCUUCAGCUGCGACAGUUGUCUGGACGGCUACUAUGGAAAUCCCCUGUUUGGCAGCGAGAUUGGAUGCCGACCAUGUCGCUGCCCGGAGACGUUGGCCAGUGGAAUGGCCCAUGCGGAUGGCUGCUUCUUGGACACGCGAAACAACAACAUGCUGUGCCACUGCCAGGAAGGAUACUCCGGCUCCCGUUGCGAGAUCUGUGCGGAUAACUACUUCGGAAUACCGGACAACGGUGGCACUUGCUCCAAGUGUGAGUGCAGCAACAAUGUCGAUCUCUAUGACACCGGUAACUGCGAUCGCCAGACGGGCGCUUGCCUGAAGUGCCUGUAUCAGACGACUGGCGAUCACUGUGAACUCUGCAAGGAUGGAUUCUUCGGGGAUGCACUGCAACAGAAUUGCCAGCAGUGUGACUGCGACUUCCUCGGAACGAAUAAUACGAUAGCUCACUGUGAUCGCUACACGGGUCAGUGUCCUUGCUUGCCGAAUGUAGAGGGUCAGCGAUGCGAUAAGUGUGCCGAGAAUCACUGGAAGAUAGCCUCUGGCGAGGGAUGUGAGGGCUGCAACUGCGAUCCCAUUGGAGCUCUGCACGAGCAGUGCAACUCGUAUGACGGACAAUGCCAAUGUAAGCCCGGAUUCGGAGGCAGGGCUUGCAAUCAGUGUCAGGCUCACUACUGGGGCAAUCCCAACGAGAAGUGCCAGCCCUGCGAGUGCGAUCAAUACGGAUCCGCUGACUAUCAGUGUGACCGGGAGACUGGUCAUUGUGUCUGCCACGAGGGAAUCGGUGGCUACAAGUGUAAUGAGUGCGCCAGGGGCUAUAUUGGACAAUUCCCGCAUUGCUCACCCUGUGGCGAAUGCUUCAACAACUGGGAUUUGAUCUUGACCGCUCUGGAGGAUUCAACGACAGCCACCAUUCGACGGGCCAAGGAAAUCAAGCAAGUGGGCGCCACAGGAGCCUAUACGUCCGAGUUCAGUGAACUGGACAAGAAAUUGCAGCACAUCAGAAAUCUGCUGCAGAACACCUCAGUUAGUCUGGUGGACAUUGAGAAACUGGAUUCGGAAACCAAUGAGCUCAAGCAGCAACUACAGGCAUCCCAUGGUAGAUUAAGCGAAACCGAAAGAAAUCUCGAUGACAUAUACAAUUCGCUGAGUUUAUCGGGUGUUGAGCUCGAGGGUCUGCAAAACCACUCCCGGUUGGUGCAACAACUGUCCAAGGAACUCAAGGAAAACGGCAUUCAGCUGCAGGAAUCGAAUAUCGAAGGAGCUUUGAACCUCACACGGCACGCCUACGAAAGGGUUAGCAAUUUAUCGACCCUCAAGGAGGAGGCCAAUGAGUUGGCCUCCAAUACGGAUAGAAAUUGCAAGAGAGUGGAAACGCUGUCCAACAAGAUCCAAGCCGAGACGGAGGGAUUGGCUAAGAACGACAAAUCCAUUGCGGAUUAUCGCGCGGAGUUGACGUCUCUGACCUCUCAAGUUCCCCAACUGAACAAGCAGGUUUGCGGCAAGGAAGGCGAUCCCUGCGACAGCUUGUGCGGAGGAGCUGGUUGCGGCCAUUGCGGAGGUUUCCUUUCCUGCGAACAUGGCGCCAAAACCCAUUCGGAGGAGGCACUCAAAGUGGCCAAGGACGCUGAGGCGGCCAUUACCAACAAGAAAGAUCAGGCGGAUCAAACCAUAAGGGCUCUUACCCAGGCCAAAUUGAAUGCCUCCGAGGCCUAUGAGAAGGCCAAGCGGGGUUUCGAACAAUCCGAGCGUUAUCUGAAUCAAACCAACGAAAACAUCAAGUUGGCUGAAAACCUUUUCACUGCCGUCACUAAUUUCCAGGAGAACAAGACAGCUUCCCCAGCAGAGAGCAAGCAGUUGGCACAGGAUACUCUGGAGUUGGAUCUGAAACUGGAACCCAAGGAGAUUGAGUCAUUGGGAGCCCAGAUCAAUGAGGCCGUGUCAUCCCUGAAGAAUGUCGAGUCCAUUAUCUACAGGACCAGACCCGAUUUGGACAGGGUCAAUAAUCUGCAGAGUACUGCCAAUGCCACCAAGGAGAAGGCCAAUAAAAUACUGGACUCUGCGAAUUCGGUGGUGGAAAGUCUGGCUGCGGCAGAUGAGUCCCAGGAAAAGGCGCAGGCUGCAAUUCAACAGGCCAACAGCAAUAUUGAGCUGGCCGGCCAGGAUCUGGAGAAGAUCGAUGAGGAAACGGAUUCCGCCGAAGCACCAGCCAAUAAUACCGCCCAGCAGGUUGAGGAACUGGCCAAGAAAGUUCAGCGCCUGCAGAAUAAUAUCGUUAAGAAUGAUCGGGAUGCCAAGGAGAUUACCAAGGAGGCGGGUCGCGUCAAACUGGAGGCCAUGCGUGCCCGCGGCGAGGCUAACAAUUUGCAGUCGGCCACCAGUGCCACCAAUCAGACCCUCACCGACCGAGCAAAUCGCUCCGAGAACGCCAGGGAACGGGCCAAGCAGCUCCUCCAGAGGGCCUCCAAACUAACCGUCGACACCAACGCCAAGCUGAAGGAUCUAAACGAUCUGCAGACCGUCUACAAUAACAAGAACCAGCAGCUGAACGAGCUCAAGGAUGCAAUUGGUCCCUUGAACAAGGUGCUCAACGAGCACCUGAUCCACAUCAAAGAGCGGAGUUCGCACUAUAGGCAGUGUUAUACGUAGAUCCGAGAGGAUUCCUCUGCGCGGCCAUUUUAAUUGCCAUAUUCAUGAACAAUAAGCAAUCUGCUAAUUACGAGAAUCAAGUAAAAUACUACAACAAAAACUAGGAUGGCAACAGUUAUUAUGUAACCACUGUUAAGUUACCGUUACUUUUUGUAUUCUAAGCGAAAUCCAACACUGCAAUGUUAAUUUUAAAAAUUGAGCGAAAAAAAUCGUAUCCCUAUACCAUUUUGUAAUGCAAUUAAUGUAAUUAAAUAAAACUACUUAAAUGUGGAAAUGUCUUGUA